AUGAACAACCCAGCAGGUGCAACCCUCACAUUUUCCUCAAAUCCCCAGCCCUCGACUUCGAACACCCUAGGCACGCCCGCGGCCAUGCAAAUGCAAAUGCAAGCUCAGAGCCAGUCCCAACCGGUGACCAGCCAGCAGCCGCAACAAGUUCCAGUCCAUCAGGACACGCAGACAUCACACCCGGCGCAAUAUCCGCACCAAAUUCAUGGAAAUGGCGGGCCUACUGCCACAGCACCCUUCCUGCGAGACUUUAGUUUAGUCGCCGAGGCUGCGAAACGGGCGCAGAUAGCCAUUGUGACCAGAGACCUCGAGGGAGUUUCAUUAUAA